AUGCUGGCCCACACCUGUAAACUCAGUUACCAGGAGGCUCCAGACCUUGUGCUUACAAGGCAGGCAUUGACUGAGCGCCUAGAUGGUAUUCUUCUGGAGAAAGCAGAGACUGAGCAGCAGUGUCUUUCUCUGAAAAAGGAAAAUGUUAAAAUGAAACAGGAAGUUGAAGAUUCUGUAACUAAAAUGGAAGAUGUGCACAAGGAGUUUGAACAGUCACACAGAAACUAUGUGAAAGAAAUUGAAAGUUUGAAAAAUGAAUUGAUGACAGUACAUUCCAAACACAGUGAAUAUAAGGCUGGCUUACAAAAGGAGCUAGAAGAAGCAGUAAAUAAACAGGCAGAGCUUUCAGAACAACUUAAAUUUCAGAGUAGCUCUGAAGACAAUGUUAAAAAACUGCAAGAAGAGAUUCAAGAAAUGAGGUCAGCCUUUGAGGAACAAGUUUUAUAUCUGCAAAAGCAGUUAGAAGUCACUACUGAUGAAAAGAAGCAAGCGGUUACUCACCUCCAAGAAGUCAUGGAAGCAAAUUCUCAGCAUUACCAAAAAGAUAUUAAUCAUUUGCAAGAAGAACUUUUGCAGUUGAAAGCUGCACACCAACAAGAAGUGAAAGAACUGACACACCAGUUUGAAUCAUCAGCUAAAGAACAUGAAGCAGAAAUAAAUAAGUUAAACCAGCUGAAAGAGUACUUAGCAAAACAGUAUGAGGCCAGUGAGAAGACCAUUCGUGAGAAAUACGAAUGUGAAUUGGAAAACCUAAGGAAAGCCACCUUGGAUGCAAACACAGACCAUCAGGUGGGUCCUGCCCUCCUACAGGAAGAUACUUUUGUAGAACAGGUAGUAAAUGAAAAA